UCUCUUUUAUAAGGAAUACCGCUUACGGAGAUCGAAAAGUUAUUCUUUUUUCGCUGAAACUGUCUUUGAGAUAUGGUCGGAAUUAUUAUCAUGAUUCGUGUGGAUUGCAGUUUUAUUAAAAGGACACAGGAUUAUCCCUGCAAAGCAAUGAGGCGGCAAGUACUGUUGUUCUUCUUGGUUUUCUUUCUCACCUCGGUGUUCGGGCAGGUCAGUUACUCCAUUCCUGAGGAAAUGGAGAAAGGGUCUUUAGUGUGUAAUGUGGCUCAGGAUUUAGGUUUAGACAUUAAAAGGCUGAAAUCCGGCAGAGCGCGCGUUCAUUCUGGAGAUAGUGCCGAAUAUAUUGAGCUGAAUAGAGACCGUGGUGUCCUCCUUAUAAAAGAAAGGAUAGACAGAGAAACGCUGUGUGGCGACACGACGCCCUGUGCUUUACUUUUACAGAUGAUUCUGGAAAAUCCGAUGGAACUGUUUCGAAUAACAAUAGAAAUCACAGAUAUUAAUGACAAUGCUCCCAGCUUUGCAUCGAGCGAAAAGCGCUUCGAAAUCAGCGAGUCAGCCAUUAUUGGGUCUAAAUUUGUGCUGGAGAAAGCCAUCGAUGCUGACAUCGGUACAAAUGGUCUCCAGAGCUAUUCCCUUAAUCCAACAAACAACUUUGCGCUGAAAUUAGAGAACCAAGCGGAUGGGAGUAAGAAGGUGGAAAUGAUUCUACAGAAGCCUCUGGAUCGAGAGCAAGAUCAACAUAUAUUGUUAUUAUUAACUGCUCUGGAUGGCGGGCAGCCGCGUAUGUCAGGUACAAUGCAGAUCACUGUUAACGUGUUGGAUGCAAACGACAAUGCACCAGUUUUCACUAAGCCAGUAUAUAAAGCAACAAUAACCGAGAAUUCACCGGCUGGAACCAGCGUUAUAACUGUUAGAGCAUCUGACAAAGAUGGAGGCUCUAACGGGGAAAUAUCAUACGCAAUUUCCAAUAGCAAACGUCGUUUGUCCGAUUUAUUUCAGAUUGAUAGAAAAACUGGAGAGGUUAUCGUGAUCGGUCAAAUAGACUAUGAAAAAACGAAGCUCUUCCAAAUAGAUAUAGAAGCUACGGACAAUGGUGGACUCUCUGACUCAAGUAAACUAAUCAUUGAUGUAAUUGACGUGAAUGACAAUAGCCCCGUUGUAAAUAUGAUUUCAGCGUCAGGCUCAAUACCGGAGGACUCAGCUCGCAAGACAGUAAUAGCUUUAAUGAGCGUAAAUGACCCUGAUUCUGAAAAUAAUGGGAAAGUGAAUUGCGUGAUAAAUGAAAAUAUUCCAUUUGAAAUUAAAUUUACAUCUAACAAUUUCUAUAGUUUAGUAACAGACAGUGAUUUAGACAGAGAGAGAGCCUCUGAGUAUAACAUCACUGUGACCUGCUCUGAUGAGGGAGUGCCCUCCCUCUCCAGCAGCGUCACUCUCACCUUACAGAUCUCAGACGUUAAUGAUAACGCACCUGUCUUUGAGAGGAGCUCAUAUGAGGCCUACAUUGUAGAAAACAACACACCAGGUCUCUCUAUAUUCACAGUCAAAGCCACAGAUGCUGACUGGAACCAGAAUGCCCGUGUUUCUUACAUACUGGAGGACUCCUCCGUUAACGGAGUGCCAGUCUCC